CCCUUCCCGGUCGGCGCUCGGGGCAUGAGCAGCGAUGGCUGGCUGUAUCCCUGAGGAGAAAACUUACCGGCGCUUCCUGGAGCUAUUCCUGGGCGAGUUUCGCGGUCCGUGCGGCGGUGGAGAGCCGGAGCCGGAACCCGAACCCGAGUCGGAACCCGAGCCUGAACUGGUCGCUGCCGAGGCGGCCGAAGCUUCGGUCGAAGAACAAGGAGAAGAGGCUACCACGGUAGCCGCGACGGAGGAAGGGGAACCGGAGCCAGACCCAGAGACCCAGGAGGAGGUAGUGGAGGAAGAGGCGGUGGCGGCCGCCGAGGGAGACGAAGAGGAGGAGGAGGAGGAGGUGGCCGCAGCCCCGGGGCACUCGGCCGUGCGGCCGCCGCCGCAGCCCCAGCUGCCGCCGCUGCCCCCGCUCCCGCGGCAGCUGUCCGAGCGCAUCACCCGCGAGGAGGUGGAGGGCGAGAGCCUGGACCUGUGCCUGCAGCAGCUCUACAAAUAUAAUUGCCCUUCAUUUUUGGCUGCUGCUUUAGCCCGAGCCACAUCAGAUCAAGUCCUUCAGAGUGAUCUUUCUGCACAUUACAUCCCAAAGGAGACGGAUGGCUCGGAAGGCUCUGUGGAGAUUGAGACGGUGAAAUUGGCCCGUUCUGUCUUCAGCAAACUGCACGAGAUUUGCUGCAGCUGGGUGAAAGACUUCCCUCUGCGCAGGAGACCCCAGCUGUAUUAUGAGACCUCGAUCCAUGCCAUCAAAAACAUGCGCAGGAAAAUGGAGGACAAACACGUCUGCAUUCCUGACUUUAAUAUGCUCUUCAACCUAGAGGACCAGGAAGAACAAGCUUACUUUGCAGUGUUUGACGGCCAUGGGGGAGUGGAUGCUGCCAUUUACGCCUCCAUUCACCUCCACGUUAACUUAGUGCGCCAGGAGAUGUUCCCCCACGACCCUGCUGAGGCCCUGUGCCGGGCUUUCCGGGUCACUGAUGAGCGGUUUGUACAGAAAGCAGCCAGGGAGAGCUUAAGAUGUGGGACCACAGGAGUGGUGACUUUUAUCAGAGGUAACAUGCUACACGUGGCCUGGGUGGGUGAUUCCCAGGUUAUGCUUGUGAGGAAGGGCCAAGCUGUUGAACUAAUGAAGCCUCAUAAACCAGACAGAGAGGAUGAAAAGCAGCGAAUUGAGGCCCUUGGAGGUUGUGUAGUCUGGUUUGGUGCCUGGAGGGUGAAUGGAAGUUUAUCCGUCUCCAGAGCUAUUGGAGAUGCUGAACAUAAGCCAUAUAUAUGCGGAGAUGCAGAUUCUGCCUCUACUGUUUUAGACGGGACCGAAGACUACCUCAUUCUGGCCUGUGAUGGCUUCUAUGACACCGUGAACCCCGAUGAGGCAGUGAAAGUUGUGUCUGACCACUUGAAGGAGAAUAAUGGAGACAGCAGCAUGGUUGCCCACAAGUUAGUGGCAUCAGCUCGUGAUGCUGGGUCCAGUGAUAACAUCACUGUUAUUGUGGUAUUCCUGAGGGACAUGAACAAAGCUGUAAAUGUUAGUGAGGAAUCAGAUUGGACAGAGAACUCUUUUCAAGGAGGGCAAGAAGAUGGUGGGGAUGAUAAGGAGCAUCAUGGAGAGUGCAGACGCCCCUGGCCGCAGCACCAGUGCUCAGCGCCGGCAGAUCUAGGCUGUGACGGGCGUGUGGAUUCCUUCACUGAUAGAACUAGCCUCAGCCCAGGGUCCCCAAUCAACGUGCUGCAAGACCCAGGCUACCUAGAUCUCACACAAAUAGAAACAAGCAAGCCUUGCAGUGGCCCGUGUUUGCCACCAGUUGAGAUGUUUGGUUCUGGUGCACCAAAGAAAGCCAAUGUUAAUCAGGAGCUAAUGGUGGAGGAAAUGCAUUCAUCAUUGCCUGAACGGAGUGGUGCUGGAGUGCUUCCCGCUUCUGUUCAUUCGGGCUCAACAGGGCGGCAGAUACACAGAAUGGAGAGCUUUUCUCCUGUCUGUUUUGGGUUGGAAAAUGAACAAUUCAAAUUCCCAGGAAAAAGAGUGUCUAGGUUGUAUCACUCACACCACCACUACUCAAAGAGGCAGCACGGCUAUGGCUUUAUCACCAAGUUCUAUUCCUUUCUGUCUGCCAGGGCGCCCUCCCAUGAGACGGGCACUAACCUGUCCUCACUUAUUCCAAGAGGGAAGAGAAACAAGAUGUUAAAAAGUUCUCUGUCAUGGAGGCUAAAAAGCUGGAAAGGGUACAAUGACAACAGGAUGAGGAAGGUUGGAAAGAAUAAUGAUAUUCCAUACCCAGAUCUCCCCUGGAGCCAUAAAAUGUAACUUUUCUUUAAAGUAGGCAGGCUAGCACCCCCUCUAGAAACCCCACCAUGAAAAUAGAAACAAAGUAGACAUUUCUACAACAUACCUGCUUCAU